AUGGCUGGCGACUGUGGCUGCUCUGGUGCCUCUUCUUGCAACUGCGGCUCUAGCUGCCCAAGCUUGGGUCAAGAUACAUCCUUUGACGACGAAUCACGGACGGAGUUAUGA